AUGGCUUCCAGACAACCAGCAGGAGCCCGUCCCGGCGCGCGGUUCGCCCAGUUCAAGCUUGUUUUGCUCGGAGAGUCUGCCGUUGGAAAGAGCUCUCUAGUGCUGCGAUUUGUGAAAGAUCAAUUCGAUGAUUACCGGGAGUCGACGAUCGGCGCCGCUUUCCUGACACAGACUAUCUCGCUCGACGACAGCACCACCGUCAAGUUUGAAAUCUGGGAUACUGCUGGCCAGGAACGAUACAAGUCAUUGGCUCCGAUGUAUUAUCGGAAUGCCAACUGUGCUGUCGUUGUCUAUGACAUCACGCAGGCUUCGUCGCUGGACAAGGCCAAGUCGUGGGUGAAGGAGCUUCAGCGCCAAGCAAAUGAGAAUAUUGUGAUCGCGCUCGCCGGCAACAAACUCGAUUUGGUCGACGAGAGCCCAGAUAAGCGGGCCAUUCCCACCGCCGAUGCCGAAGCCUAUGCCCGCGAGGCGGGUCUGCUUUUCUUCGAAACAUCGGCCAAGUCUGCGACCAAUGUCAAGGAACUCUUCACAGCCAUCGCCAAGAAGCUGCCGCUCGACCAGGCCGGCCCGCGGAACCUUCGGACGACCCCACGACCCGGCGUGGACUUGCGCCCCGAGACACCUGGAACCCAAGGCGCCGGUGCCUGCAACUGCUAA